UAUCUCUUCCGCUUUAUCUCAUAUUGCAGUUUGUCACACAAUUUCGCAUGAUCAAUCAGAUCAAUUGAGCUAGGAUGCGGCACACGCUCAUAGAAGUCUACUAGUACGAUGAUGAUACGGGAACUUCCCUUUGACAUCUACGUACCGAUUCUCGAGCAGUUAACACCAUUGACAGAUUCUGAUGAGAGCAUUAAUGCAAGCACUUCCCUUCGGACAGCUGCAUCUGUUUCAAGACUAUGGGAGCCACAUUACCGUGUCCGAUACACAAUAUGUGACACCGCGAAAGAGCAAUCGCGAAAGCAAUCUACAGGUGGCGACUGGCGACUGAUGUAUUUCGAGAGACGGCGUAUAGACCUCGAGACAUUGGACAUAUUGUUCAAGAUCGUCACAGAACGGGGUGACAGAAGACUGGAAAGAGCGCGAGAGGUCAACACUAUGUUCUCGUUUGACGCAUGGAAUGCUCUCGAGAUUGCCGCAAAUUAUCCGCUUCCGGAGACAUUCCGCGAGCCAGGAGCUCCAGAGCAGAGGCCUGCUCCACCUCACGCAGUUCCUAUUCGCUUUUGGGCUCAAAUGCUUCUUGGCGCUAUUGCUAGAAGUGAUGCCGUUCGCACCUGGGGGGAUCUCAUAUCCAAUGACACACCCCAAGCGUUGGAGCUUUCAUUCGCUUGCGUGUCCAGCUUUUUCGUCUUGGCCCAACUUGAUAAACUUACCGUUCUCUGCAAAGCCUACUUUAUCGAGCGUCAAAUUCCCCUUGAUCCGGCUAAAUUCACCAGCGAUGCUGGAAAGCUCAGACUCGUCUGUUCCUCGAUCUGCGACUUUUUGUGGAGCUGUGGCUUUGAAGCUGCGGAUGGGCAGCAGUUUAACGUGUUGCAAAAUCGGUUUCCUCACCUUUUCUUGACUACGCACAAGGCAACCAUACCCAUAUCACUUGUAUACGUUUUCGUGUGCAUUGCACGAAAGAUGGGCAUUACAGCAGCACCUGUCGACUUCCCUACCAGGGUUCUGGCCGUUGUGUCUUCCCCCGACCCAGAUGUCUCAGAAUUUUUUGUUGACGUCUUUGGCUCACGAACACGAGCCAUUCUGACACUCCAUGACGAUAUUCCGCACUUCCUUAUUCAAGCAGGAAUCACCGAUACUUCAAUGCUCCGUUGGAUUAGCCCCGCUUCCUCCACCUCUAUGCUGGUACGGGCAUCCCGGAAUGUUUUAGCAUCCGUCUACGACUUCCCCGCAGGAGCAGUUCCUGAAGUUGUGCUGCACACAGCAUUCUAUGCUAGCCUCGUGAUCAAUGUCAUCUUUAUGAAUAACCACAGGUAUCUCUUGAAUAUAAGGAAACAUAUCAAUUGGUUUCUCCUCGAUCUGCUGCCGGUGCUUGUCGAUUCAUUGACACCUCUUUUAAACCCGUACCUCCAAGAGCAGCUCACGACGCAUUGUAAGGCUAUCAUGGAGGACGAGAAGGAAGCGGCUACUACCUCUCAUCCUCCCCAUGGGUAUGUGGGAUAUAUAUACGGCUGGGAUCCCUCCUGUGCAGCGGCCGAGGACUGGAUCCGUGAGAUGGGUGUUGAUUCGCUCUCUCGAGGGCGUCAUCAACCCUUUUAUCACGCUCUAACUCAGAGUGGCUCCUCGCGCUGUAGGUGUACUCCCUACAUCUUAAUGCCAGGGCUGAUAUUUCUGCGAUGACACAGAUGUUGCGGAGGAUAACAUUAGAGCGACAUGUCUGGAGCCCGCUGAUGUACACAGAAUUUUUAUAGACGCACCAGAGGCAGGGAGGUACUUCGAGGACUUGACC